AUGGAUGACACCCAAGAGCAGGACCACUAUGAGGAGCGCCUAAAAGAAGUUUUUAACAGUUUUGACGCGAGCGGCUCCGGCUCACUGUCCCCGGAGGAACUCUCUGACCUCUGCCAGUCGCUGCACCUGGACGAUGCCACACCAGCUCUCCUCCAUACGCUGCUGCAGAACCAGGACCGGCUCACAGCCAGGGUUGACUUUGACCAAUUCAAGAAUGCACUGAUUCUGGUAUUGUCAUCAACUAUUGAGCCGCCACAAGCAGAACAAGAGUCCUUGUCAAAACCAGACUCUCCUGAGAUCCAGCCAAAGUUUGUGAAGGGCAGUAAACGCUAUGGCCGGCGCUCCACGCCAGAUUUCAUAGAACCCAUUUCAGACUUGUCCGAAUUUAGAAUUGCAAAUCCGGUAGAGGAGGAAGAUCUGGAGGACAACUAUGACUCAGCUGUUCCAAGGAAGCGUGAGCGCUGGAAUGCUCACGAAACAAGCACAGAGGAAUAUGAAGCAGAAGGUCAAAUGCAUCUCUGGAACCCAGAUGAGCCGAGCACACCCCGGGGAUCGAACAUUCCUCUGUCAGCCUGUUUAGAGGAGAGACUGCGUGAGGUUUGCGACGAGCUGGCGAUAUCGUGGGAUGGAUGUGCGGGUCACACUGAACUGCUCGCUGUUUGUGAACACUUGGGCCUGGAGCUAAAUGUGGAUAUGCUCCAGAGUCUAACCGGCGAUGGAGUGAUGAAUGUUCAGGAGUUUGUUUCCAGGGUUGUAAACCACAACAAACCCCCGACACCGUCCGCCUCCACACCCUACAGGCAGCUCAAACGCCUCCACUCCACUCAGCCCUUUGAUGAGGGAGGCCGUAGGAUAGCCACUCCUUCUGCCCUGACCAGCACCAUUGGCAUGCGUCUCUUCUCCACCCUUGAUGAUGGUACCGGUUUCACUCCCGUCGAAUACAUCCUGGAUGCCUGGAUGGAAGAGGGAAUAGAAAACAGCACAGAGAUCCUGCAGGCUUUGAAUUUCAACAUAGAUGGAAAAGUGAGUCUUAGUGACCUCACCAUGGCACUUGAAAAUGAGCUACUCGUUACUAAGAAUGGGAUUCACCAAGCGGCACUGGCGAGCUUCAAAGCUGAGAUCAGACAUCUUCUAGAGCGAGUAGACAGAGAACUCAGGGAGAAAGAGAAAAUCCGAUCUGACCUGGAGAAAGCAGACAAGCUAAAAACUCAGCUUGCCACUGAGGUGGAUGAGCAUCACUCUGCAAUUGAGCACACAAACAACCUCAAUCUCAGGAAGCUUGAACAGGACCACAAAGAGAAGUUAGCAGCAGUACGAUCCGAGCUGAUGAAGGAGAUGGAUCAGCUCCAGCAGCAGGCCAACCUGCAGCGUGAGGAACUGGAAGCAGAGGUCGAGAAGAUCAGGGAGGAUGAAUCUUUUCUCAGAGACCACCUCUCCAUCUCUGUGAAGGAAAACAGACGUCUUGAAAUGGAGUUGCUGGACAGCACUGAAAAACUAGUGGAGGCCCAAAACCAAAUUACAAAACUGCAGACAAGUGUGGACAACAUUAUAAAAGAAAGGUUUGGAGGCUUGGACCCUGGCAGUGCAGAUUUCUUCCUCCAAGAAGAACGUAUUAAACAACUACGCAGCAGCUACGAAGCUCAGUGCAGGGAACUGCAGGAUCGUAUUGAUGAGCUGCAUUCAGAGUUGCAGGAGUUCCACAGUCUUGGACGAGUUCAUCAGCCCUGCCACAAACCUCUCUCUGAAGAACUGGAGAGUAAAAGCCCUGGCAUGGAGUCUGAUCCAGGUAUCGGUUCAGAGGAGGUUCAGCCGUUCAGCAUGAGCCUUGAGGCAGAGAUGAUGUUGGAGCAUCUGAAGGAGCAGCACCUUCAGGAAAUGGAGGAGUUGCGAAACCAGCUGGAAAGCAAAGUCAAUGAAUUCGAUAAGAUUGUAGAAAAGCAGAGGGCGACCCAUGAGGACCAGAAAACUACUUUAGCCCUCCAGUACCAGCAGGAGGUCCAGGUUUUGAGGGAGGAGAUGGCCAGCAUUCAGAUCCACGCACAGGAGCUCCAGAACCAGCUAGAGCAGGCGGAGCUGGAGCGGACCUGUCUGGAGCAGACGCAGGCCGAGGAGAGGGAAGAGCUUGAGAAUCUGCAAGAGGAGGAAGUGGGAACUCUCAGACAGCAGCUGCUAGAGGCCCACACCUACACUGCAGACCUGGAGGAGCAGCUGAAGACCCUCGAAGCCCAGCAGGCAGAAAUGGAUGAAAACCUUGUCAACGAUAUGAAGGAGCUGAGGAAACAACAAGCCACUGAGAUUAAGAAACUGGAGGAGGAGCAUGUAGAGCUUUGUGAAGCCAGACUGGAAGAGGAGAGAAAGAAACUGCAGGAAGAACAGGCUGAGUUGGAGAAGAGAUUGAUAGAUGAUUCCGAAAGGGAGAAGGAAUUAUUGCAACAAAACCAUGAGAAUGAACUGAAGGCCAGACUAGAUGAGGCAAAGGUGAGGUUUGAGGAAGAGCGUGAUGAGAUUGUGCAGAGACUGACAGAGCAGUGGCAGAAAGAGAGAGCUCAGUUAGAUGAGCAGAAUAAUGAGUCUCUGCAGGUGGUGCUGGAGGAAGAGAUGUUGAGACUCGUCAGGGAACAAGAAGAGAAGGAGAGCAAGCUCAGGGAGCAGUGGGAGAUUGAACGAGCCCAGCUUCAGGAGCGUCACGAGGAGGCUCUGCUCGAUAGAAUACUUCAGGAAAGGUUGCAGUUACAAGAGCAGUUUGAGCAGAGGGAGAAAAAGCUGAAGGAGGAGUGGGAAAGGGAGAGACUGCAACUGGAGGAGGAUUACGAAGGGAUGCUCCAGGAUAGGUUGAAUGAAGAGAGGGAGAAGCUUGAGAUUAAGAAGGAGGAGGAGGAGAAGAGGCUAGAAUUGUUGAUGGCAGAGCAGAGGGCUCAUCUAGAGGAGAGCCACCGAGAGGCCAUGAAGGAGCUGACUCUCAAGCACACUGAAGAGAGGGACGCUCUCAGCAGCACGUUGGACAAACUUCGACAUAACAUCAUUCAUGAGAGAUCUGAAGCCAGUCGUCUUGCUGAAGAAAACUUCGUCCUCCGGCAAAAGCUUGCUGCGAUGAAGGAAGAGGACUUGAAAGAGGCCCAGAAAGAGUUGAUACAAACAUUGGAGCACUUAAAAAAAGGGAAGUUUGCGGCUCAAAAAGCAGCAGAGAAUUUCAAGAAACAGAUUUCAGAGCUGCGUUUGCAGAUCCAGCAACUGGAGGAUGAGAAUGGGAUGCUGUCAGAGAAAGAUGUCCAAAAUGUCGCUGAUAUGGAGAAUCUACGGCAGCAGCUGGCAGAGCUGAUAAAGGAAACCGAGAGGAGGGAGGCAUUCCCCGCUGAAGAGAAACACAAGCUGGCAGCUUGUGUGUCUGCUCUGGAGGCAGAGCUGACCAAAGCUCUGGAGGACACUGCACAGCUGGAGAAGAGGAAUACCCAGCUGUCACAGCAGCUCUCUGGCCUCAGAGAGAAGGCAGUCAAAGUCGACUCUCUGGAGAAUCAGCUCGGCCACCUGGUACAGGAGCGGAAGAGUGUGGAUAAAGAGACUCGGGGCCUCCGCAACCAGCUCGACAAAGCUGAGGAGAGGGUGAAGACGGUAGAUGAAACUCUUCAGGCUGUGAACCAUCAAAGUGCUCGUCUUACGUCAGAAUUCUGUGUUUUGCAGCAGGAGAGGGAUUUGCUUCAACAUGAUGUUGCAGUGCUUCAAAAACAGCUGCAAAAUGUCACCGAUAAAAACCGUGUUUUAGAGAUGGCCUUGCACUCGAGUGGUCUCCAGAGUCAGAGCAAGAAGCGGUACAGAGAUGAGAUGUCCCGGCUGAUGGAGCAGGAUCAGCAGCUACUGAGGCAGGAAAACGAGAGGCUUCAGGCAGAAAUGCGCAACAUGAAAGCAGACCUUGUGCAGUCCAGAGAGAAGGUCCAUCAGCUCGAUGCUACCAUCUUGUCCCUGAAGCAGCAUAAACAACCGAGUCAGUCCUCCCUGGUGAAGGCCUUGGAACAGGAGAACGCCUCUCUGAAGCAGGAGCUUGAGGCACAAAAGGAGCUCACCAAGGGCCACGAAGCAGGACAAGGACACACCGAGCUGGAGAGCCUUCAACAAGAAAAUGAGGCACUCAGAGCCCAAAUGGCUCGACUGUCUACACAGCUGCUAGAGACAUUUCAGGCUCAGUUGGUUGGACUUCUCCCUCCAUCGCCUCACAGGAUACCCAGAGGACAGCAUCGAGGUGAAGACCCGGACAACAUGCAGGGGGCGAUGCCGGAGCAGCGGGCGGCUCACGCAGACAGCUACCGGCGGAUCGGUGGACUGUAACACCGGGCGUCUUUCCCUGCUCUUCACUUUUAGCCUCUUUCUCUUCCCUCCAAGACUGCUCUCCUCAGUCCUGCUCUUCCUCUGCUAUGUUUGGAGCCAAACUCUCACUCUGGCACACGAUGCCAUCUUCUUCUGCAUCCUUAUAGGAGAUUGUGAACAAACGUGGUGCCUGAUUCAAAAGGCAUGAAUGUGUAAUUGUAUUUCUCUGCUGCUAGGUGGCAGGAAAACACAGAAACGGCUCCUGAGGUUUUUCCCAAUGGGAUUUUGAUUUAAUAAUGGCACUACCAUUGAAAAUUGAAAAUUUGUCAGACAUUCCUUAUCAAAUGUAGCGUUUACAAGCACACUACAACGUUUCUUGUCAGACUUUGAGUUUUGUUUGUGCUCUGUGCAUUAAAAGCAUUUUAUAGUUGAAAUACAGGGAAUCUUUUUAACGCAGGGUGUAUUUUCUGGGAAUGUUCUCUUAUGCACUUGUACCAUUUAUCAUUGUCAGACAGGGUAUAUACAUCCUCAUGGGCUAAAUCUUGUGUGAUAGCUUGCCUUAUGAGUGUUAAGUUGAGGCGAGGUUAGUGCCUAACAACCUUCUGAGUCUUUUCUAACAAUCAAGCAAAUUCAACCUGUAAUUGUCAGGUGAUGUUACUGUCUGUGUCCAGUCAGGGUUUAUAGAGAUUUUUUUUAAUGAAGGUACUAAGUUCUCACUGUUUGUCUUUUGUUGUUUAUGUCUGUAUUUCUUAUUCGACACUACACAUAGUUGAAUGUUUUCGUCAAGCUACCCGUUUAUGUCGUGUUAGUGUUCUGGGACUGUGUGUGGCUGCUGCUGCUGCUGCUGCACAACCAAAGUGAAUCACAUCUUUCUGGGUUAUGUUUUCUUUAAAGGACUGUUUAUUCACAGAACUGUUUAUCUGGUAUUUAUUAUUAGAAAAUCCAUGUGAACCAAAUCAUUGUUUGUCCCCAGUAGUGUGUAAUGUGUCAUUAUUUCCAUUCAUGUCAUAUCUGUGUUUGGUUUUUGAGUCAUUCAGUGAGUCUUUUGUUCUUUUUUGCACAAUGUAUAGACUCAGAUGUAUUUUAUUUGUUUUGUUAUUUAUUUUAAUAGAAUCAUGCUAGGGUUUAUUUUAUUUAUGCAUUAAAUUAUUUUUUGUAGAGGUAUCUGAAAUACGUGGCAUAAUUUUAUACCUCUAUAUAUUUUAUUUAUUUUCUUAGUGAUUGUCCUCUUCUUUAGAAAUGUACCAGAAAUCAUUUAAGGUGGAAACCAAGAUAAAAUAAAGCUCUUAAAUCAUUCAAA